CCUUCGGCCAUUUUCAAACUUCCUCGCCAUCAUGCAAGUGGAUCACUCAAACCCGAUUACCCUCAGCCGCUAUGUGCUUGCGGACAAGUCCAUCCAGAAGAACAACGACCUGUGCAUCCUCUUCAACUCGAUCGAGUUGGCGUGCAAGGUCAUCUCUAGUGCCGUGCGUCGGGCCGGUUUGACUGGGUUGUAUGGCUUGGAUGGCUCCCAGAACUCCACUGGCGAUGACGUGAAGAAGCUCGACAUCUUGGCCAACGACAUCUUCAUCAACUCCCUCAAAAACUCGACCAAGAUCGAAGUCAUGGUGUCCGAAGAAAACGAAGAACCGAUCUGGGUCAACACGGCCAGCGACACCAAGUUCUGCAUCGCCUUCGAUCCCCUCGAUGGGUCGUCGAACAUUGAUUGCAACAUCUCGACGGGGACCAUCUUUGCCAUCUACGAAAAGAACGCUGCCACUGCGACGAGCGCUUCCACCGGCGGCUUGAGCGACAUCUUGCAACCUGGCAAGUCGUUGGUCGCGGCCGGCUACUGCAUGUACGGGAGUUCGACGCAAUUGGUGUUAACUUGGGGCAACGGCGUCGUUGGGUUCACGUUGGACCCAACGAUCGGGUCGUUCAUUCUGUCGCAUCCUGACAUCAAGAUCCCUUCCAACCCCAAGACGAUUUACUCGUGCAACGAAGGCAACUUGUCGUUGUGGGAUGCGCAAACCACGCAAUUCGUACACGAGUGCAAGACCGCCGCCAAGCCGUACUCGGCGCGGUAUGUCGGCAGUAUGGUGUCGGACGUCCACCGCACGUUGCUGUACGGAGGCAUCUUCUUUUACCCGGCGGACAAGAAGAGCAAGUCGGGCAAGUUGCGCUUGCUGUAUGAAGCCAACCCAAUGUCGUUCAUCGUGGAACAGGCGGGCGGGAUUUCCACCACGGGCACCCAGCGUGUAUUGGACUUGAUUCCCACGUCGAUCCACGAACGAUCGCCCAUCUUUUUGGGCUGCAAGCGCGACGUGAACCGCAUCUUGGAACUCUACGGCCAACCCACGCAAUAAAUAAAUAAAUCCCAACUCUUCCCA